CUGACAGCAGUUACUAGUUAGCAAUCAUCAAAACUUAAUUUGCCAAGUAAGAGGUCGGGUUAUAGUGUGUUUCUGAUAACUUAAAAUAAAAUAACCCAAAUUUCCUCUUACAAUGAACACAAUGGGCAGUUAAAUUUUCGAGAAGUAUAUAUAAUUUUGUUUAAUUACAAAUAAACACCAGCAGUUUCAAAAUGACGACCCCAGCCACUUCGGGCUCAACAUCAACUGUACAAGAGUUCAAAAUCAGAGUGCCCAAGAAUGUAAAAAAGAAAUAUCAUGUGAUGAGAUUUAAUGCCACACUUAAUGUAGACUUUGCAAAAUGGACUCAUGUGAAGAUGGAAAGGGAGAACAAUAUAAGAGAGUUUAAAGGAAUUGAGGAAGAUAUGCCCAAAUUUGGUGCAGGAUCAGAGUAUGGCCGAGACAUGCGCGAAGAGGCGCGACGAAAAAAGUUUGGCAUCAUCUCCCGAAAGUACAAGCCGGAAGAUCAACCCUGGAUCCUCAAAGUUGGUGGAAAGACGGGCAAGAAGUUCAAAGGAAUCCGGGAAGGCGGUGUUUCUGAGAACGCAGCGUAUUACGUGUUCACGCAUGCAGCCGAUGGCGCAAUCGAUGCGUACCCCUUGCAAGAAUGGUACAACUUUCAACCUAUACAACGUUAUAAGGCGUUAUCGGCAGAAGAGGCGGAACAAGAGUUUGGAAGGCGAAACAAAGUGAUAAACUACUUCUCUCUCAUGUUGCGCAAGCGCAUGUGCGGGGACAACGCCGCUGAAGACGGCGAAGACCCGGACGAGAAAAAGACUAAGAACUCCAAAGCAAAGAAAGAUCUGAAGAUAUCAGAAAUGGAUGAGUGGAUAGACUCUGACGACGAUUCUUCGGAUUCGGAAGGCGGCGAGAAAGAGAAGGAAGACGAAGAGGCCGCGGCCAAGAAGAAGAAGAAUAAAAAAGCUUUAAAGAACAAGAAGAAGAAGAAAGUAGAAGACGAAGCAUUCGAGGAGAGUGACGACGGAGACGAGGAGGGUCGAGAGAGAGAUUACAUAUCGGAUUCGUCGGACAGUGAAUCAGAUCACGAGACCAAAACAAACAAGGAACUAAAGGGGGUUGCAGAAGAAGAUGCAUUGAGGAAACUUCUGACAUCGGACGAGGACAGCGACGAAGAUCAAGAACAGAAGCAAGAGUCUGAGCAAGAAGACGAACCCACUAAAGAGGGAGAAGAACGCGCCAGCAAACUUACCAAGAAGAAGAAGAAACCCGAUGAAACUAAGAAAGAGACGAGUAGUGAAUUCAGCUCAGAUUCGGACACCGAUCCCGAGAGUAGUAACAAGAAACCAAAGAAAACUAAGAACGGAACUGACAAAAAUGCCGGAGGUGCGAGCGGGACAGGUAGCGCGAACACCUCCCGGGCGGGGACUCCCACGCCUUCAGCAGCGAUGGCCGCCGUGGCUGCGGCCAACGCCGCCAACGCCAACCAACCCCCCUCCAAGCGAACAAAGCUUGACCCGUCUUAUAGCGAGUGCGGCGUGACCGAGGAGGCGGUGCGCCGGUACCUGGCGCGGAAGCCCAUGACCACGACGGAACUUCUCACCAAGUUCAAGUCCAAGCGCACGGGCGUCAGCUCGGAGCGCCUGGUGGAGACCAUGACCCAGAUCCUCAAGCGGAUCAACCCGGUCAAGCAGAACAUCAACGGCAAGAUGUACCUCAGCAUCAAGCCCACGUGAUAGCGCUCGCAGUGUACAUAAACAUUAAACAGCAUUUUAUUAACGUUA